UCACUCGCCAAGCACUGCACCAGGAGCGACGCGGGAGAGCACCGGCGGGGACCCACAGGGCGCUGCGCUCGGGCUACCCAAUGCUGGAACUAUCUGCCGCCGCUGCCCGUGCAAUAUGCUGGAGCUCCAGAACAGCUAAACGGAGUCGCCACACUGCUGCCUGGGCUGGAUCGCAGCGCUGCCUUUCCUUAUGAAGAAGACACAAACUUGGAUUAUCACUUGCAUUUAUCUUCAACUGCUCCUAUUUAAUCCUCUCGUCAAAACUAAAGAGAUCUGUGGGAAUCCUGUGACUGAUAAUGUAAAAGACAUCACAAAAUUGGUGGCAAAUCUCCCAAAUGAUUAUAUGAUAACCCUCAACUAUGUCACCGGGAUGGACGUUUUGCCUAGUCAUUGUUGGUUACGUGAGAUGGUAAUACAGUUGUCAGUCAGCUUGACUAAUCUUCUGGACAAAUUUUCAAAUAUUUCUGAAGGCUUGAGUAAUUAUUCAAUCAUAGACAAACUUGGGAAAAUUGUGGAUGACCUUGUGGAAUGUGUGGAAGAAAACGCACCUAAGAAUGUAAUGAAAGAACCAUUGAAGAGGCCAGAACCCAGGCUCUUCACUCCUGAAGAAUUCUUUAGUAUUUUCAAUAGAUCCAUUGAUGCCUUUAAAGACUUUAUGGUGGCAUCUGACACUAGCGAUUGUGUGCUUUCCUCGACAUUAAGUCCUGAGAAAGAUUCCAGAGUCAGUGUCACAAAACCAUUUAUGUUACCCCCUGUUGCAGCCAGCUCCCUUAGGAAUGACAGCAGUAGCAGUAAUAGGAAGGCCGCAAAGUCUGCUGGAGACUCAGACCUACAAUGGGCAGCCAUGGCAUUGCCAGCACUCAUUUCUCUUGUAAUUGGCUUUGCUUUUGGAGCCUUAUACUGGAAGAAGAAACAAUCAAAUCUUACAAGGGCAGUUGAAACUAUACAGAUUAAUGAAGAGGAUAAUGAGAUAAGUAUGUUGCAACAAAAAGAGAGAGAGUUUCAAGAAGUGUAAUUGUGGUUUUUAUCAACAUUGUUACCUUCAUACAGUGGCUGGUAACAGUUCAUGUUUGCUUCAUAAAUGAAGCAGCUUUAAACAAAUUCCUAUUCUGUCUCAAGUGACAGACCUCAUCUUUAUCUGUUCUUGCUACCCAUGACUUUGUAUGGAUGAUUCAGAAAUUGGAGCACGGUGUUUAACUGUGAAACUGGCGCUGAACUCAUCAUCUAUAAAGAAGAACCUUCAUGGAGCAGGACACUGGGCGUCUUGCAAGUGAUGAUGGGGGAGAGAGCAUGUGUUUAGUCCACUUGCGCCAUUUGCAUGGCUCUGGAAAUGUCUAAGUGCUGAAAACCCACAUAGCUCACAGCUUUGUACUUCGGUUACAACCUGCAGUCUGUAGUUAUUCUGGUCCCUGCAAGUAGAUUUCAGACUGGAUAGUCGGGGGUGGUAAUAAUUUCUUUUUCAAAGGGAUGUAGAAAAAAAUUUUUAAACAAAAACUCAGUAGCAUCAGCCACUAUAUGGAGUUGAAUGCUGUGGGGACUAUUUUGGGAGCAGGCACAUCAGCUCUGUAGUUGCUGAUUAGCUCUCCCUGACAUAGACCAUGCACACCAUAUCCCAGUAGGAAAAUGGACUUGACUGGCUGGUUCUAUCCAUGCAUGAGAGUUAGUGCUGAAUUGAAGAGUGAUGCUGUGGCAUAGGGAAGACUCUCCAAACAAUUCAUCACAGGAGGAAGCUAUCAACAUGGACCAGUGGAAGAAUAUGCCAAGCAGGACAUUUGGCCCCUAGUGAAGCUGGUCUUUUCCCUUGACCACUCAUGUUUUCAAAAUCUACUACAAAGUUUAUAUUCUGAAACCACUACAGAGCUGUGCAAACAGACUUGGGAGAAAAUGCUGAAUGUAUGAAGGUCCCUUUUUUUUUUUUUAAUUUCCACCAUGAGAGAGAAUACAAAUAAAUUAUGAUAUUUAGUAUCUAAGGUUAGAAAUCUACACUUUAUGCUAAUAUGGAUGUUGAAAACUAAGUAACUUGGAUUAUGUAAGAAUGCAAGGAAUCAGGAAACAUUAGUUAUUUAUAGUAUAACAACCGUUAUCUCUUUAAAGGAACCAUUUAUUUAAAAUCAGGCAGUCUAUAUCCAUUAUGGUUUAUAAAAUAAAAAUAAAAAGAGAGCUUUAUGUAGUUAUGCAUGUCAGUUUGCUAUUUAAAAUACGUGACAGCAUUUCUCGGACUGAAUUUGGCAGGAAUUCCCAAGAUGGACAUUGUGCUUUUAAACCAGAAUGCAUAUGACUUUGUGUAGAUUCCCCUUGCCCAUAUGUUUUAUAGUGUAAAAAACAAUUGGCUAAAAUCAAGAAAUGAUUUCUUUUUAUGAAGGCUCUUUUAAUAUACCAUGAACAAAUAAACUUCAUUCUAACUUAAUCCUUGCAAUAACUUUAUUUGCCACAUGUUAUAACCACAAGACAACCAUUUUCAGUGUAGUUAUGUGAAAGCACACAAGAAACUACGAGUCCAAGACUACGAGUCCAAGAAGUCGGAGCUUAUAGUCAAAGCUAGUGCAAGUGCAGCUCCAGUAUGUGGCCUUUGCACUUCUUUAUCCCAAAGAGCUCAAGUGGUUUCUACAGCAGCUUCUUUAAAGGGCUGUGACUCCCCCAGUACUAAUCAUUCCUGCAAGAUUAAUCCAGGUUCAUUGGGAAGCUGCAUUAACUUGGUCCAGCCCUUAGAUAUCCCGUGGUCCAACUGAUUUGUAAUAAAACUAGUGAUUGGUUUAAUUGCUGAAAGGAGCUAUCUUGUGUGGCAUUGAUUGCUUUGAGAUUAUAGAUAUAGGCUAACAUGAGUCCUAUUCAUAGGUGUGUAUAAAUUGAAAAUAUUGUCACUUCUCAAUUUUAUGGCUUGCUUUAUUUAUCUGAUGUUUUCAAGUUGCUUGGUCUUAUGAAAAUGUUGUUUACUGAGCUUGAGAGUACAAGAACGAUACAUUUGUUCUCAAAGCUAGCAAUUGGGUUUUAAUACUCAAGGACAUGGUCUUAGUCAGUAGAGCCAGAUAAACAAAUUUAACAGGUUAUGAAAUCUGACAGGAUAGGGGAGGAGAGAUGUGUCCUGCCUAGUAAAUAUAUUGGUUCAUUGGGAGUUACAUAGAUUGCCAAUUUUUUAAAACACUAAGAUUCAAUAAAAUGCAUGAACAGUAGAAAAAUGCUGAACAUUAUUUUGGAUGCUAGCUGCUUGGAUAUUAACUAUGGCAUAUCUGCUUUCAGAUUAAAAAUACAUAUCAUUGCAUAUUUUAUUCCAUAUAUGUUCUGAAUAUUUUAUCUUAAAUUAUGAAAAACUCAUAACUGAGAAAGUAUAAAAUCUCCUUUUAAAUUGGGGCCAUGUAACUGAAAGUUCUCUUUUGUAAUGUUUUUAAAAAUGCUUUUUAAUUAAAAUGACCUAAGAAAUCUGAAGAAUCUAAAUUAUAUGGAAAGCUUUGUAUCUCCUUGGUAGAAACCAAGACCAUAACAAAGCUGUCUGUCUGAUCAGUAGGGCCUGUGCAGUGAUAAAGAUGACCUGGGUGUUGUUUGUAAUCUAAUGUGCUUACCACACUGCCACAUCUUUAAUGAGUCAGAGAUCAAUUGAUUUUUUCAAUAAAAUAAUAGAACAAAUAACCUGUACUCCAAAAAAAAUUACUGCAUAUGUAAAAAAAAAUGCUAAAAGAAUGUGUCCACAAUGAAGUACAUGUGUUUAAUUAAGAAUUAAGCACAUUUCACUGAACAUUCAUAUAUCUUUUAAAAACAGUAUGGCACAUUUUUGUACUUUAAUUCCAUCAAAGUUAUAAAUGCACAGAAAAAUUCAUUGUGGAACUGUAGAUAUUCCUACUGUCUUCCUACAAUAGGUUUUUAUUAUGGGAUAUUAACCAUUCUCAUACAUUUUCAUGAAGAAAUAUAUUCUUUAAAAAAGGCAGUUUGGCGUAGUCAGAUGAAUAUUGAAAAAGACUGUUAGGACCCUGUACUUUGCCACAAACAAAUCACAUCCACCCUCCUUUGAAUCUCAGUUGUGUAUUUGUGUGUAUGGUAAGGUCAGAAGUCACCCAUCAAGAGUGAGCCCUUAGGCCAAGUGAUUGGCAAAGCAGAUAAAAUGGAGCAGAACUGGUCCCACACAAAUAUCCAACUCUAGCCUCUGAAUAAGCAUCUGGAUGAUGGAAAGUUUUUGCUGUUUUAGUUUCUAAUGUAAAUAGGGUCCAUUAGUAAAAGUGAAAUUCAGUCUCAAGAAUGGAGAAUUGGAUAACCAUUUACACAAGAGAUUGCUUUUAACUUUGCUUAAAUAAACAUCUGGGAUUAUCUCUGAAGAAACCAGUAGUGCGUUUUCACCAGAAAGAGAUACAAGAUGUGUUAUAUUUGGAAAUGUAGCAGAGUAAGCAUUUAAAUGUUCUCAAUUUUAUUGAAAGCUAAGAACAGAACGUGUAAGAUGCUACUAAGCAUUUUGCAUGCCAAAAGCUAUUUUAGAACAAAUUUAUAAAAGUAUAAUCCAUAAAUUACAUUUAAAAUUGGAUAAUAGGGCAAAAAUUUUAGAGUAAACCAGCUUAUCUUUGGAACACUAUUGUAAAAUUGGCUUUAAAAUGCAACCAUUCAGACCAAAAUUUAUUUAUGGAAUCUGAUCACACAAUUCAUGUUUCUGCCUCAAGAUGCCUUUGUCAGGAUAAAAUAAUGGUACCUCUAUUUUAUAAUACCAUACUGAAGUGGGUAUUUAUGAUCCUAAAAUGUUUGCUGAACAUUUUAAAUGCGCAACUGCCACCUCCAAAUACUUUCUUAUGGUAUUUUUAGAAAGAAAUUUGUUUAAACAAAAAACCGUGGUAUUUUUAUUUUCUCAAUUUCUAGGGUAUAAGACUCACUAAAAAUAAUCUUCCAAUCAAAUUUCUUAUUGUCCUAUUCUCCUGUAUUCUAGGGAUUGAUGUGUGAUUAUUGUGUCCACCUGCCACUGUUUUUGAAGUCAAUGGACUUGAAAAGUAUUCAGACAUUUAGAUGGCUACACAGAUAUAUUGCUAGUUCAGUCAUAGAUUGGAGUUUGCAUAUUAUAAUGUAAAUGUAUGUCAACACUAUUCUAAAUAGUUUAUUAUGGCUGAAGUUUAAAUAAAAAAGGUUGUAAAAUGUGAUGUGUAUGUGUAUAUACUGUAUGUGUACUUUUUAAAAUAGGUAUGUGUCCUGACCCUUUUUUAUACAGGUUUGAAUUUGAAAUUACAUUAUAUAUACAUAUACUUUAUUGUUCUAAAUAAAGAAUUUUAUGCACUGUCAUAGAUUUGCACUCUCAUUUGAUAUCUUAAGGUUAUUAUAUAUUCACAACUUGGAUCAGCAUUUAUUAAGCUAAAACCUAUUUUUCUGUGAAUAUUUGUCAUCAGUCACAUCAGCAUUUUAUAGAACUAUGGAAGUGAAUGAAUAAGAAAUUUUAAUUCAGUAGUAUUUUUAAUCAUUCAAAUGGGCAAAGGUGAUCAAGGAAGAAAAAGGUGAAAUGACAUAUUGAUUUCAAGAGUUGUAUAACUUAAAUUGGAAAAGAUAAAUAAAAAGCACUAUAACGUGUACAGAGUUAUGUUGAGAUAACUUACCACAUGCUUAAUUAAUUGAGGUCCAAUUAACAUGUUCCUUAAUUGAGAUCCAAUUAACAUGCUUAUCACACAGGGAGAAAUGGAUACACAGUAGGGGAGGCUCUUGGAAGAGUUGAUUUCAGGGUUAGAACUUGUAAGAAUAAGAAAGAAUGAGACAGAAUAUCAUACUUCAAAGCAAGAAGUUGUAAGGUUUCUUAGCUUACUCCAUUUAGUCAAACAGAUAUGUCCUUAGUGUAUAGUCUAGGUGUACAGAGACGUAAGACCUUUGGAUGCCACAGCAGGUAAUGUAUCUACAUUCUUGGUGUCCACAUUCAUAUGAGUUUUGGAGUUUAUAACCAUCCUGCUUAACUCUGGACUGACACUUGGCUCGAGACCAUGAUGGUUAAUCUUCAUUCUCAACUUGACAGAAUUAAGAAUACCUAGGGAAAAAAUACUUCAGUGUAUCUGUAAGGAUCUCUCAACACAACACUUUUAAUUGAUGCUGGAAGACCGCCCUUGAAUGUGAGCAGCACCUUCCCAGUGCCUGGCAUCCCUGACUAAAUUAGAAGGAAAACUUGAGUAGAGCACCAACAUUCCAUCUCCUUUUGCUUCCUGAAGACAGAAUAUGAUCAACCACUCAACACUCCCACCACCAUCGUUUCCCACCAUGGUGGAUUGCACUCCUCUAAAGAACUAAGAUAAACCUUUCCAUAAAUUGAUUUCAUCAUAUAUUUUUUCAUACCCAAAAAUUUAUUAAUAUAGAAAAGUAGUAUUAAAAAGCAGUGUUUCCCAUCCCAGGAGCUAGCUGAAAUAAUCCUUGAUCCCCUUUCUAACUGCAGUGCUGGGCCUGAAGGAGAUAACAUUUAUGAAUGAAGGUUGACUCUACUUGGCUCACCAGGUUUUGUAUAUGAAGGUGGUGGUUUUUUUUUUUUAUGGAUACAUUUUCAUCAGAUUAUCCAUUUAAGCCACCGCCACCAAAAUGUUACUUUUCCCGCCAAAAUUAUCACUACAACAACAGUCAGGGAGUCAUCUGCCUGGAUUUUCUAAAAGAUAGCUGGAGUCCUGCUUUAAGUAUUUCCAAAGUUUUACUCUCUAUUUUUUCCCUUUUGACAGACUGCAAUCCUGCUGAUCCCCUGGUUAGAAGCAUAUCCACUCAGUAUUUGACCAACAGAGCAGAACAUGACAGGAUAACCAUCAGUAGAUCAAGAGAUAUGCAACAUAAUUCACAUAAUUUGUAUGCAAUGUGAAGGAGCAAAAGGUCUCUUCCCAUUGUGCUGCAGAUCUUUAUAGCCUUUACAAUACAGACUUCUGUGUAUAUGUUAUACCAAUUCUAUUCUCUGCUUUUAUCCUUUGGAGACUUGGAGACUCCCCCAAAAGGUAAAUGCUAUCAAAAGCAGAACUUUGUAGCUGUAGAUUAGUUACAUUUAGAACACCUACUUGUAAGUCUUGCUUCUUUAGGAUAUCAAAAUGUAUUUUGUGAUGUACUAAGGAUACUGGUCCUGGAGUCUAUCAAAUACAGUAAUGCAUUUUAUCCUAAUUCAUUGUCUGUAUGAAGUUAUAGAAGUAGUUGUAGAUGACUAGGAAUUAUGUCAUUUGUAUUAAGCCCAGAUCUCUUUCUGAGUGUGUGGUUCAUACUGUUGUGAAAAAUGUUUUACUUUUACCUUUGUCAGUUUGUAAUGAGAGAAUUUUCUUUUACCCUGUGUAGCUCAGAGAACACUGAUGUAUCAUCUCAAACACAAUAAAUAUGUUCCU